AUGGACCAGCAAGUCCUGCAGGUGUUAAGGGAGACUUUAUCCCCUGAAGAGGCUGUCCGGCAGAACGCUGAGGUCCAGCUGAAACAGCUGUUCUUCCAUCCUGAAGCUGGGUUGAGCUUGUCAAGGAUAUUGCUCGCGCAGGAUGUGAACAUUGCGCAGAGGCAGUCCGCUGGCGUACUCUUACAGCAGUAUAUCCUGAAGCACUGGUCUGGGAUCUCGCACGUUUUUGAGGACCCUUCAACGCCAAAUGAGAUCAAAGCUCAAAUCCGACCCAUCAUCUUCUCUGGCCUCUCCGACCCGCAACGCAAAAUCCGCAUGGCCAGCGCCUUCGCCCUAUCUACCAUAGCCCGCUUUGACUGGCCUGACGAAUACCCCGACCUUCUCUCUUCCCUCGUUGGGCUCCUCCACACGGGUUCCCCUGUAUCCGUGCAUGGGUCCAUGCGGGUCAUUGCCGAAUUCGUCAAGAAUGAUCUGAGCGAGGAUCAGUUGCUUCCCGUCGUGAGGGACUUGCUUCCUGCUUUACUUCAGGUCUUGGGCGACUCGAACACCCACUCAUAUACCACCCGCUCGGAAUGCGUCGCCACGUUCCGCCAAGUCCUACGCAUGCUCGAGACGGUCCGCGAAGAGCACCCCGCGGCGGUCAAGCAGGCUCUAGAGGAAAUCGGGGAUAUCUGGUUGGGCGCUUUCCGGACUUUGUUGUCUUUGAACGCCCGAACCGAAGUAGAGGCGAGCUGGGACAGCCUUGGGCUCAGAAUAGAGAUAUUCCGCACCCUCACAACAGUCCAAUCCUCCUUUCCCCGCCUCCUAACCCCCCAUCUCCCCCUCUACCUCUCCACCACACUCUCAAACCUCACCUCCCUCCUCCCCACCUUCCAGACCUACUAUCUCUCGUCCGCGCCCGACGCGCCUGAACCUCCCUCACCUACAUCCGACGCAGGCUUUGUGGUUCCCAAGAAUGACCUGGAUGAUAUGGCUUGUGCGGCCUUCGACUUUGUAACGCCCUUGGUCAGGCUGCCAAAGAUGAAGGGGGAGAUGAUCAGUGGGGAGAAUGGAGAGCGGGCGGGAGGUUUGGCGGAGGGGCUUGAGGAAGAAUGGCUGGAAGAUGCAAACGCGUUCGUCAUGGACGACGAUGAAGAGACGGAGCAGUAUGGAUUACGGACAGUCGGCAUAAAUCUCAUCGGAGCCAUGAUGGACAAGUACCCGCGACCUAUCGCCCUCCUCCUCCAAUCCCAGACCCAGCAGAUAGUCUCCGAGUCCGCUCAGCUGAGGCAGCAAGGCGUGCUGGAAUGGUGGAAACCCCUCGAAGCGGUCCUCGCUACCCUCGGCGGACUCUCGGACGAUAUCCGAGAUCGCCUCGACAGCGAACGCGAAUCCGGCGAGGCUGCGUCGAUCGACCUCGGGUAUUUGUUUGAUCAGGUCAUUCCUCGAUUGCUGGAUCAAUCAGACACCCCCUUCCUUCAGGGCCGAGCCUUUGUAUUCGCCUCGCAUUUCGCCUCUCUCCUCCCUGAACACCUGGCGACGCAGUACCUCGCCGCGGCAGUCUCGGCAUUGCAGAGCGAAGCGGUCAGUAUACCGGUCAAGAUCUCCGCGGUGAAGACUAUCAAGAAUUUCUGCCGUUUCGUUCAGCCCUCUAUCCUGCAUCCCCAAACCCGGUCGAUUCUGUCCCUCCUCCUCCCUUUACUCGGCCAAACCACCGGCGAGACGCUGUACCUCCUGCUUGAGACCGUCCGGGCCGUAGUCGGACUGGACCAGGAACUUCUUACGCCCGAUAGUGUCCUGGAAGUGACGGAUCGGAUAUAUGAGACCUGGGAGGCCAAUACUUCAGACCCAGUAAUCACAGCAAUAACCGAAGAGCUAUUCGAAGCCCUCGCCUCCCGCCCCCUCCUCGUCGGAACCAUCGUCACUCGUCUCUCCCCACGCCUUGCCGCUCUGAUCGGGACUCGGCCGGACGAGGAUUGUAUUCACGUACCGGGCGAGGCGGUCCAGCUUGCGAAUUCCCUGAUCAGGUCCCGGGGCGGCCCGGUAGAGGUCGAUUUGAUAAAUGGGGUGACGGGCGCGGUGGUGGGUGUUUUGGCGGGGACGGACGAUAUGGACGUGAUCCAAGUGAGUUCCUCGUCACUCCUGACCCCUAGGCACGCCGCCGACGGCACACCUGGCCUCACCGCCCUAUUCCACCUCCUCGCUCGCUUCCUCUCCCCCUCAUUCUCCGAGUCCGGCGGGAUAUUCACAGGCGAGCUCAUCAUGCACCUGUUCCGAAAAGCGGGGGGCAGUAUUGGGGAUGUGUUGCCGGGGCUGUUGAGGGCUGUAGUGGGGAGGUUGGCUAGUGCGAAAUUGCCUUCCUUCAUCCAGAGCCUUGUAUUGCCGUUCGCAUACCUCUUCGAGACGGAACAUACCGUCUCGACCAUCGACCUCUUAUCGCAAUUCUCGGUGCCCACGCCUGAUGGGUCCGAGAGGGGCGCCUUGGACUUGGUCUUGAAUGCGUGGUGUGAGACGUGCGAGACUAUCAGCGGGAGCUGGAAUAUCCGGGUCUCCGAUCUGGGGAUGGCCAAGCUCUUCCUCCAUCCUGAUCCCCGCGUGAGCGCGGUGGCGGUAAGAGGGGAGAUGAUUGUCGAUGCGAGUAAUCGAGACGUGAUCAUGACGCGGUCUAAAGCGCGUGCUGCGCCGCCAAAGUAUACCCAGAUCCCAUUCCCCGUCAAGGCGCUCAAAUUGCUUUUGAAGGACUUGCAAGCUCUGGGCGGGAAGAAGGGUAGCGCCGGUGGGAGGGACGAUCCUGAGAUUGAAGAGGAUGAUGGUGAUGAGGACUGGGAUGACGAUGAUCCAUUAGGCGAUGCAGGGGAGGACGAGUUUCAGUAUCUCUCUUCGUGGUUGGAGAAUGGACAAGGGGAUAGUGAUACGCAGGAUGAUGAUGAAGAUCUCCGAUCGGAUCCUAUUGCUCAAAUCGACCUCAGUGCGCACCUGACGGAUAUCCUCCGCGGAUGUUAUACGUCGAAUGCGAAUGGGAUGCAUGGGAUGGUGGAUGGGUUGACGGAGGGGGAGAAGGGGAUCUUGAGGGGGGUUUUGACGCUAUAG